AUGACAAAAGCAGACAAGCUUAAGUCAAGGCAAGCCAAACGGCAAAGCCUCAUUGUGUCUAUGCAGCGGCUUGCGCAGUUUGCAAAAGACUAUACUCCUCAACAACAACAGCAAAUACCCGACCGACUUGAUCGGUUGUCGAAAAUUUGGGAAUGUUUCCAAAUGGUGCAGGAAGACUGCGAGGAAUGGGACGAUUCCGAAAAUGCUACCAGCGAAAACGAAGCGUUAUUGUCACAAGCAGAGGAGCUUUACUUCGAAACAAAGGCCGCGUUAACAAGGUACAUUCCGGAAACAGCAGAUCAGGUAAAAGAAGAGGUUACCCGCCCAGCAAACCAUGUUUCUGGCAAGGAAAACCCAGCUGAUAUGAUAUCUAGAGGAGUAGCGGUGAAUGAAUUCCUCAGUAGUGAUCUAUGGCGGCAUGGUCCUUCCUGGCUUCGUGAACCCAAAGGCUCUUGGCCCUUGCAAACCCCGGAUAACAACAUAACCGUAGAGGACGAACGAAAGGUAUCUAUCCUAACAACUCAAGUGACUGAAAUAAAUCCAAUAUUUCAACGUUUUUCUACACUACAACCAUUACUUCGUAUUUUUGGUUUCUGUUUGCGAUUCAUUAACAACACUCGCAAAUCAAAUAAAAGAAUAUCGCUUAAUGUUCUACUGGUAAAGGAGAUACAACAUGCUAAACGAGCCCUAUGCAAAAUGGUACAAGCUACUGAAUUCUCUGUUGAACUACAAGCCUUAAAAAGAAAUGAAGGGUUAGCUAAGGUUUCUUCUAUUCGACUUCUUAAUCCAUUUAUUGAUAACGAUGGAUUAAUACGCGUUGGUGGCCGGUUGCGCCAUUCUGAUCUGAGCCACGAUGCUAAGCAUCCCAUCCUCAUGCCAGCUUUCCAUCCUUUCACUCGCCUUCUAAUCAUGGAUCAUCAUCUGAAAACGAUGCACGGCGGAGUGAGCAUGACAUUAUCAUCUAUUCGUGAAGAAAUAUGGCCAUUGAACGGCAUGAGAGCCGUUAGAAGUGUAACUCGAACUUGUUUUAAUUGUGUAAGAGCUAAUCCCACCCCAAUAAUCCAACCUAUUGGUCAAUUACCAAUAUCACGUGUAACAAUAAAUGAAGUUUUCUCCUGCGUUGGUGUGGAUUAUUGUGGUCCACUUUAUUUGCGUCCAUCUCAUCGCAAGGCUGCAUCUCCAAAAGCAUAUGUAUGCGUAUUUGUUUGUAUGAGCACCAAGGCUGUACAUUUAGAACUCGCAGGUGACUUGAGUACCACCACUUUUUUGAUGGCCUUGGAUCGAUUCGUAUCACGACGAGGAAAACCGAAAAACAUAUACUCAGAUAAUGGUACCAACUUUAUUGGUGCAAAGAAUGCAUUGCAUGAAAUUUAUCAAUUCCUUCAUAAAGAUAAUAACAAAAUAACUAAUCAUUUGUCUAACGAAAACAUUCAGUGGCAUCUAAUACCACCACGUGCUCCUAAUUUCGGUGGACUUUGGGAAGCCGCAGUUAAGGUAGCUAAAACUCAUCUAGUUCGGCAGCUUGGCACAGCUCAACUUUCAUACGAAUCCAUGUGUACUCUAUUAACAAAAUUGAAGGAUGUAUGA